AUGAUUCUCCAUCUGUGGUCUCGUUAUUGGGCCUACGCUCCAGCAGCCCAAGGGGCCAUCCACUCAGAGAGCAUUCAGGAACGGGUAAUCGGCUCCGGAGGCUCAGCAAUGGCCGUAAGGGGCAGGCAGUGCGCGUGCCGAUUCGCGACGGCCAGACGGUCGCUGAAAAUAAUACGGCGUUGCAUUGAUUUAUUCACGUCGAAGAUUGUGGAUGCCGCUUCUUUCUCGAAGCAGGCUAGUCCCCCGACCGCGGCCAUUCAGGAAAGACCGUCACUGUUGUUGGCUGCACGGGCGGAGUCUCGGGAGGCACUGGGGAGCCUAUCUCAGGAACUCAGACCAAGGUUGGGGCUAAUCCAGUCAAUCGCGGUGCACGACCCUCUUUUCCACUCUGGGGCCGAGCGAAACGGUGGCCUGUGGACGGGCCAUGAUUGGCAUCGCUCCGUGAUCGAUGCAGGGUGCCAUAGACUGGACCCGCUGGUCAGUGCGGUGCUACCAAAUCUGGUCUGUGGUCUGGUCGCUCCCAAAGCUAGCCCUGUACGUAGCUCCGAACAAUUCUCUGGUCUCUACGAACUUCGCUCCUCGGCCGUCUGCACGUUGGGACGCAACUUUCCUGGUCCUCUCUCCCUCCCUUGCGGCGCGCAUAUUGAUCCGACUAACUAUAACCUCAAGGAGAAAAGCUCCGUGGAGAAACGGCAAAUAGACAUUCGCUUAGCUGCUAGCAAGCAAUGGAAGAACGCCUUGGCGUAUGCCCAUCUCCGAAUUGAUUAA